AUGCCCCGCGUUCCGUACAGGUAUCCUGAUCCUGGGACAGAUCCUGCUGCGGACACCAUCCGAACGCGUAGAGCAGGGGGGAAUCUCAUAGAGCUCGAUGGUGCUCUCCUGAAUGCGCCACAACUGGCAGCGGGAUACAGCAGCCUGCUGGGAGCAGUUAGGCAGCAGAACAGCUUGCCGGACAACCUCAGAGAACUACUUAUUCUACGCGUUGCUGCUCUCAAUGGUGCUGUGUACGAGUGGAAUGCCCACGUGCCCAUUGGUCAGAAAGCGGGACUGACGACACAACAACUCUCUAUCAUUCGCAACGAGUCAACCGCUCUCUCAAAGAAUGUCGACCCUGGCCAAGUCCUCUCCGAUCUGCAGCGGGCCGCCCUAGUGUACACAGAUUGGGUGACGAAGAACGUGCACGUCCCCCAGGAUGUCUUUGACAGCCUGGCAGCGCUCCUGGACAACAAACAGGUUGUUGAAGUCACCGUGACCAUUUCGGCGUACAACAUGGUCUCUCGCAUUCUUGUCGCGUUGAAUGUGGCGGAUAAAGCUGACGAGAAGGUUCCCGAGGUACCCACCCACUAG